CUUUCCAUUCAAUGUUAUUUAUUUUUUUUUAUUUUUUUUUUUAUUUCUUUUUUUAUUUAUGGUUAUGCACUUCAAUGUCUAUAAUCAUGAAAAGAGAACAACAAUAUACAACUUCGGAAGACGAUCAUAUUGAAGAAACCAAUUUAUCGGAAGAAGCUAAAGACAAAAAGAGACUUCGGAUAACAAGAGCUUGUGAUUUUUGUAGAAAGAAAAAAGUGAAAUGUUACUUCACUCCCGGAAAGGCAUGUACAAAUUGUGUAUCUUAUGGUAUCACUUGUGAAUUCAAUGAUGGAGCAAAAAAACGAGGUCCACCGAAAGGAUAUAUCGAAGCUUUAGAAAAACGAAUACGACAAAUUGAAUCAGCUCUUACUUCUAUGCCCAAUAACAAAUCUACACCUUCGAUAUCAAACCAAACAACAGUCAAUGAGUUUCAACAAGAUGCAUCGAUUCCAGUUCAUAAAAAGACAGCAGCUGGUGGUCAAUCAGAUAGUGUACAAUAUUUGGGUGAUCUAUCAAGUUUUCAAUUCUUCUCCAAUAAAAUUAAGCUGGAUGGUUCUGAAAAGAUUUGGAAAGGUCAACGUAUACGUAAAUUUGGAAAACAAGUCGUAUUAGUAGGUGAUAUGGAAACAUCUCAAUUAAAUGCUAAUGAAGUUGGUCAAUAUAUGGUUCCUGUACCCAAAAUCAAAACUCUUUUUCCUGGAAAAGAUAUUAACAAUUGGAUAUAUUCUGUUUCUGGUGUUGAUAAUCAUACAAGUGAUCGAUUACUUAAAAUUUAUUUUGCAAAUGUACAUCCAGUUCUUCCUGUGGUCAAUAAAACAAACUUUUUGAAACAAUAUCGAGAUCAGUGUGAUUCUUAUCCUGCACCAGAUUUAUUGAAUGCUAUGUUUGGUGCUGCAGCAAGAUUUGUGGAGUGUGAAUCUCAAUAUCGCGAUCAUAAUCAAUUUCAGCCUCCUGAUAUGGUAUGGGAUGUACCGCUUGGUUGGUCUGAUCACUUUUUUGAACAAUCUCAAGCCUUUAUCACUCAAACUUCUACUCUGGCUACACUUUCAAAGGUACAAUCUAUUAUUCUGAUUCAUAAUCAUAGUGGCAAUUUGGAUUCAAAAUCAUCGGCUUGUUGGCUUUUAGGUGGUUUGGCUGUACGUCUGGCUCAAGGUCUUGGAUUAUAUCGUGAUUGUGAAGAAUGGGAUAUACCUGAUAGUGAAAAGGAAACUCGUAAACGUGUAUGGUGGGCACUUUAUGUGACAGAUAGAUUCCAUUCUGCUUCACUUGGUCGUCCUAUCAGUAUUCGUGAUGAAGAUACAGAUGCUGGUUACCCUGAUGCAUCAACCACUUGGAAAGAAGUAAUGGAUGAACCUGAUGAUGAUGAAGAUUGUGAUGGACCAAGGUUUCCUUCUGCAACUCACAAACCCGAAAAUGCUACUGAAAAAGUGGAAAUAUAUCAAUUAUUUAUUCAAUUGGUCAAGUUAUCUGAAAUACUUGGACGGAUUUUACAGGGGUUAUAUACACCAAAAGCACAACGACUUAGUCAUGAACAAGGUAGCGAUGCUAUUGUUACAAGAUUGGAUCAUGAAUUGACUGAAUGGCGGUUUGGAUUCCCCAAGGCAUUACAACGAACAAAUUUUGGCGACUUUGAUGAAAAUACUGGUUACUUGUCUCCUGUCAUAGCUACCAUACUUAUCUGCUAUUAUGGCUUAUUAGUACUUCUUCAUCGACCUUUUAUUGAACGUGCUGGAACUGGAAAAUCAAAAGCAACACCCUCAUAUUCAUCCUUUAGAAUUGGAAGUAGUGCAGCUACUCGUGGAAUUAGAAUUGCCUCUCAAAUGGAACCUCGUGACUUUUUGAUGUUUCCUUAUGCUUUCAGUUUAUACCCUGUCUUGCAAUGUUGCUUGAUUCAUAUGUACAACACCAAAAACCCAGACACUAGAAUCGCUGGACCAGCAAAGGUGGAUUUGGCUACUGGUCUUAAUUUGAUCAAUCGAUUGAAAAAAAUGUCUCAUAAUGCCAACAAGUUACAUAGUCUCUUGGAAACGAUCAUGGAAAACAACAGUAUCAUAUUGAAUCAGAAUCAUGAUAUGGAUUCAUCACAGCGAACAUCACCAAAAACAACAACAGCAACAAACACGCACAACAAAAAUAUAGUACCAUCUCGAAUUUCUGAUGUAGGUAGAGGUAUGAUGCCUUUAGGAUCUUCACCAAAAGGAUCGCCAACAUUACAAGAUCAGCAACGAUUUUCACGGACAUCUCAAACUACUGGAUCAUCACCUCCUGUUAUGCAGAAUUUCACAACGCCUCUUUUAUUUCAACAAUCUUUGGAAAUGGGUUCACUUGCUGAUAUACCAUCAAUGUCUACUUCUCCAUCACCAACCUCACUUACGGAAGCAUUUAGUUUGAAACAAUUUGGAUUUGAUACUCCGGGAGAUCCUAACCAACUAGAUUUCACUAUGCAAGAUGUAUCUGCAUUCUCAAGGAUGAACUAUUUACCACCAAUGCCUGGAUAUCAAUCUGAUCAACAACCACAACCUAACAAGAACAUUUACAUCAAUCAUCCCCCUAUGGAAAAUAACAAUCAAGAUGGCAAUACUGCAUUCCGUUAUAAUCCAAACAAUCCUUUCUUUGGCAUACCAUCAUCUAUGGACUGGUCAGAUAUUGCAUGGAAUCAAACCAACAUCUUCAAGUGAUCUAGUGUAGUUUAUUCAUUUAUAUUUUACAUAGUUUCUUCUCUUUUUUUUUUUUUUUUAUUAUUGUAUAC